UGAUUUCACAAAGCACAUUGAAAUAUACAUACCUGAGGGACCGGAAACAACCACAGGUCGAGGCGCUUCUGUUCAGUGUGUCACACACUACACGUUCACCGCGCCCUGGCGAAAAGAAUGGAGUUCAAUAUCAUUUCGUGACACGGGAACAAUUCAUAAAACUUAUCGAACAAAAUAAAUUCUUAGAGCACACGGAGUUUUCGAAUAACUUAUAUGGCACUACCAUUGACGCUGUACGUGACGUUAUUGCACAAGGAAAAGUUUGCAUUCUGGAUAUCGAAUUGGAGGGAGUAAAGGCAGUUAAGAAAACAAAUCUCAAUGCACGCUUUCUCUUUGUCGCGCCACCAUCCCUCGAAGUUCUCGAAAGUC